GAGACGUCACCCCCAGUCCUGGUCAAACACCCAUCCACCCCUCUCGCCAAUUUAUAUUGAUCUAGGUUGCACCCGCUUUCGUCACGAUGCUCUCAUGUAGAGCUCGAUCGCUAGUUUUUGUGUCGGUGUUCCUGUCGGUUCUAGUGUACAAUGCAUCUGCGGCCGCAGUCAAGGGCGAGACCGGCGCGCCCGUUGGCGACCUGACAGUGGGGGAGAUUGAAGAAAAACUCCAGGAAUGCUCCCUCGUCCAAGCUUUGAACGAACACAAAGUAGCUACCAAUCCAUUGACCUCGAGCUUGACAUCGCAGAUUUUCGCCUUUCUGUUCCCCGGUAGUCCCGCCGUUAACGCUCUGUUAGCCACGCUCUACAUCUCUGGCCCACCGAAUUUCCUCCUCGCGUUAUGCCCACCGAACAUCGACCCCUCUUCGCUGUCUGUGAUGGUAGCAUUCGCGGUUGGUGGUCUGCUGGGUGACACGCUGUUUCAUUUGCUUCCGGAGAUUUUCCUUGGAGAAGACGAACCUCACAAGGUCAAGUUCGUCAUGGUAGAGCCGAACAAGAACCUCCUGCUCGGCGUUGCAAUCAUGGUUGGAUUCAUCACAUUCGUCGCUAUGGACAAGGGACUCAGGAUUGCUACUGGCGGAGAGGGCGGACAUGACCAUUCCCACGGUCACUCACACGAAAAGGUUGAGGCAACUGCGAAGGCCACUGGUGCCGAUGUCAAUGGCUCCAAGGACUCCGUUCGCUCUCGCAAGUCCGGAACCAAGGGCGACAAAUCUGUGGUCGCGGAGAAGGAGAAGGAGAUCAACGCCAGUGUGAAACUUGGUGGUUAUCUUAAUCUCAUUGCCGAUUUCACACACAACAUCACAGAUGGACUUGCUCUUAGCUCUUCAUUCUAUGCAUCGCCUACCAUUGGUGCAACAACGACUGUGGCCGUCUUCUUCCACGAAAUCCCCCACGAAGUUGGUGACUUUGCCUUGCUGAUUCAAUCUGGUUUCUCCAAGAGGGCAGCCAUGGGUGCGCAAUUCAUCACUGCCAUCGGGGCUUUUCUCGGUACCUGCAUUGGUAUUGCAGUCCAAGAAUUUGGCGGUAACUCUGCUUCUGCCGACGUGAAUGGACCCGGUCUGUUUGGAACCAGUCUUCAGUGGGGCGAUAUGCUGCUCCCUUUCACUGCAGGCACUUUCCUAUACGUUGGAACAGUCGCUGUGAUCCCAGAACUUCUUGAGACCGGCCCAGAGAAAGGCAAGGAGCUGAAGAAGACUCUCACUCAAUUUGCUGCUAUGUUCGCAGGAGCCGCAAUUAUGCUAAUAAUCUCCUGGAACUAGGCUUCGUCCACCUCAAUUGAGCAUUAUCAUCAAGACAGUGUUAUUUGUCACUUCUUAGAGCUUUGCUAUGAGCAAGUUAGGUCGCAUAUCAACGUUCGAUAUAGAGAUUAGACCGUGUAUACCGUGUACAUCGACAACAAAUCGUCUUGUAGACAUCAUUGUUACUAUAGAUAUAGCAUGUAUGAACCGUUGCGAGGGCCGAGCUCAGCUCGGCCACUCUGGUCGGCGUUCAGCAAUGUGGAAAUUUGGUCUGACGGCGCUGCUUAUUUUGCAAGCCUGCGUGUUUCAACGUUCCAGCAUCCACUGGACGCCUUGUUAGGCACCACAACCGUUAGAACAUCUUUAGGAGAAAUCUAGGACCAACACUAAAGAAACCCAUUUAUACAUGCUAGU